UAUGUUUUUGUUCAAUGAAUAAAUUCAAUCUGAAUUACAAAAGACCGAAGGACUCCGGUAUAAUAAAUUAGUUUUUAUUAAUUCAUUACUCCAAUAAUUCUUAUGAUAAUAUAGAAAAAGUGCAGUGAAGAAAAUAAUCAACCGACAUUUUUUUUUGUGUAAUGCGUAAAAUUUAAAAGUUGAAGAAUGGCGUCAGGAUCAAAAAAUGAUAUUGUGAAUCGUUUAUUAAAUGUAAGACUCGAAGGAGGUGGUGAUGAACAUCCUCCGCAAAAUAUGCUGCCGUCGAAUCAAUUGGCGCGGCGUUUAGAAAAUGUUGCGGACGAAGACAAUGGCCGAAUUCCCGAGGCUGUACCGUCAUCAUCGUCGGCGAUAGAAAAUUUGCAACCGAGCAACAAUACAGGUCGCUUGCAUAACUGGCAGGCGACAAAAACUACUGUUAAAGAGAGGUUGUCCUUUCUUUUUAAUAAUGAAAUUCUUUCGGACGUCCAUUUCAUAGUUGGCAGAGAUGCGAAUCAGCAAGUGAUACCCGCGCAUAAAUUUGUCCUGUCAGUCGGUAGCGCGGUUUUCGACGCUAUGUUUAACGGUGUGUUGGCUACAAAGUCGGAGGAGGUUGAAUUGCCUGACGUAGAACCUGCAGCUUUCUUGCAUUUGUUGAAAUUUUUAUAUUCAGAUGAAGUGCGAAUUGGGCCUGAAAGUGUGAUGACCACUUUGUAUACUGCUAAGAAAUAUGCCGUGGCUGCAUUAGAGGAGCAUUGUGUUGACUUUUUAAAGAGUAACUUGGGUACUGAUAAUGCAUUCUUGCUGCUAACCCAGGCAAGGUUAUUUGACGAGCCCCAGCUUGCAGCGUUGUGUUUGGAGAUGAUAGAUAAAAACACAGUAGAUGCUUUGAAUGCGGAAGGAUUUACAGAUAUUGAUCAAGAUACUUUGAAUGCUGUAUUAGAAAGAGACACUCUUCGU